AUGUCUUUGAGUGAAAUAGUUGAGAAUGUAAAGCAAGCACGAGAACUGGCUUUGCUUGGAAACUAUGAAAGUUCGUUAACGUAUUAUUCUGUUGGUCUUGCUCAACUUAAGAAGUUCACUGUUUCAAUUUCUGAAGCAAACCGAAAACAACAGUGGCAAACUGUACGGCAAGAGCUUACAGAUGAAUAUGAACUGGUUAAAGACGUCAACCAAACGUUGUCUAGUUUCAAAAUAUCUGAUGAUGACUCGGGUUUGAGUGCUUUUGCCAGUCGCUAUAAUUCCCGUUCAACUGUUGAAGAGCCAACCAGAGACCCAGAUGUUUGGCCACCUCCCCCUCCUCUCGAACGAAGGCACGGGAAUAGUUCUCAAAACGCUGGAUCAAAUAUUCAGCCAAAUUCAGUUUCUAGCUCUUACUAUAAGCCACCUGUUGCUCAUGCUCCAGCUCCCCCUCCUCCAUCGGUUAGCUCCAAGUCAUCUAAUAAUACUGCGGGAUCAUUUCGUCGCAAUGUCAGGCCCAGUCCGACGAAUCCUCGAUCUAAGGGUACCACUCAAACCUCUGCAAAUAAUCGUCGUGUCAAAUCUGGAUCUCAACCUACUGGGGAUGCUACUACCACUGCUAACAAUAACAAUGAAGAGAAAUUUGAUGCUAGUGGAUACGACAAAGAUCUUGUGGAAACACUAGAACGCGAUAUUGUUCAACGUAAUCCAAAUGUUCGAUGGGAUGAUAUAGCUGCAUUAGAUGAUGCAAAACGUUUACUUCAAGAAGCUGUAGUUCUCCCAAUGGUUAUUCCGGGUUUCUUUAAGGGAAUACGUAGACCAUGGAAAGGUGUAUUAAUGGUUGGUCCGCCUGGUACGGGCAAAACAUUAUUAGCUAAAGCUGUUGCAACAGAAUGUGGCACCACAUUUUUCAAUGUUUCCAGUUCUAGUCUAACAAGUAAAUGGAGAGGUGAAUCAGAAAAAUUAGUCCGUCUUUUAUUUGACAUGGCACGUUUCUACGCACCAAGCACAAUAUUCAUGGAUGAAAUCGAUUCAAUCUGUUCUCGACGUGGUGGUGAAUCAGAACAUGAAAGUUCUCGGCGUGUUAAAUCUGAACUUUUAGUGCAAAUGGAUGGAGUAACAGGAGCUACAGGACAAGAAGAGGAUCCUACAAAAUCUGUUAUGGUUCUUGCUGCUACGAAUUUCCCUUGGGACAUUGACGAAGCUUUGCGUAGACGUCUUGAGAAACGAGUGUACAUACCACUUCCAAAUGUGACUGCACGCAAAACUCUGUUGCAAAUCAACUUGAAAGACGUUCCUUUAGCAGAAGAUGUUGAUUUAGACAGUAUAGCUGAACAAUUAGAUGGUUAUUCCGGUGCAGACAUAACGAAUGUAUGCAGAGAUGCUUCAAUGAUGUCUAUGCGACGAGCUAUAGAAGGACUCUCAGUAGAGCAAAUUAAAGGUCUUAAUACUGCUACACUUAAUCAGCCGACACGAAUGGCUGAUUUCGAAGAAGCAGUCGGUCGUGUGUGCAGAUCUGUUUCAGCCAGUGAUGUUGAACGGUAUGAGAAAUGGAUGACAGAGUUUGGGGCUACAUGA